UUGCCGUCGAUUUUUCAAAUGUACCAACACCUGUUCCACACGUCAAACCAGUUCAACCACAUAUGGUAGAAAUAUUUGAAGGCGCAAGAACACGGAGAAAUCACCGACUUCUGCAACGCAAGGAAAUAAUACUAAAAGAGUUGUCUACACAUCCUGAAGAAUUUGAGCAAACUCAUCAUAAUUUAAAUGGUGAUGGUCAUGCUAGUCAUGUAAGUAUGAUAACUAAUUUUAUUAUAGGUUUCGUUUGUUGA